AUGGUCCAGCCGAGUGCAUCCCAACAACAGCACCUUACUUACAUGGCCACAGACAGCAGCUCCUCCGGGUCCCAACGUUUGCGCUCCGGCUCCGAGACCCCGACUGCUGCGGCCACAGCUCGACGCCCUUCGGCCUUUUCAGUCCUCAGCAGCACCUCGAGCAGUGCCGGCUCCUGGUCCAGAGCUUCAGCAGCAUCUACUGAUCAAAGCUUUCCUUCACGCACCAGCUCAAACGCCGCCUUUGUUCCCCGUCCGUCGAGUCCCAACCGCGAUUCCUUCAUCUCGAUUGUCGACGACCCCUUCUUCCAACACCUAGACAGCCUCGACUCCCCUGCCUCUGUCGUCCCCGAUUCGUACAAGCCAAUCGAGUUCGAAUCAGAGACAUUGGCGGAGAUCCCCUUCUCGCCCGAGACCCCUCGCAACCGCUCCCAUGCUGACAGUUGUCGCAUUUCCCAGUCACAGCAAUCCUCCGCCAUGGAGAGCUUCAACAUUGCCAUCAUUGGCGCCAUAGGCGUCGGCAAGUCGACAUUUGUUCAGCGAAUCCUCGGCCUGUCGCGCCCACCCAUAUCUACCGCGUCUAGUGUUCGCAUCGUCGUCGAUUCCGCCGCUUAUAUGAUUACCCUUCUCGAGCUGGACUUGGAUUCCUUCGAGUUGAACACACCGCAUCCCAUCCAGUGGCCGAAGCAGAUCAACGGCCACAUCGUACCCCGUGUCGACGCUGCCUUGGUGCUUUACGAUGUUACAAACAAGGACACCAUCCGCGAACUUCCUCAGACCUUGGCUGCUUUGACAAACUCCAACAUGCCCGCCAUGCUAGUCGCGACCAAAUGCGAGGCACCCGAGGAAGAACGACAGGUCAAUCCCGAUGAGCUGGCCAACCAUACCCUCUUCAGAUCUUGCCUGGCCCACUUUAAGAUAUCCUCGACCAGCCCAGAAAUAGAUCGCACCUGUCUGCAUGCCAUUCUUAGGGCCGCCGUGGCUCAUAGAAGGGAUGAGACGGGCGAGAUGGGUGCUGCUCGUAAGAGAGCGCAAUCCGCCGCGAAUCUCGACGCCCCCGAUCCCAGCGCCGGCAGACCCAUUAGCGAAGGAAGGCAUAAUCGUGCCAGCUCCGACUUUUCACUGCUCCGCGGCUUUGCGGCUCCGUCAACCGGCACUCCUGUCGCAGAUGGCCAUGCCCAGAAGCAGGCGUCCAGGAGUCCACACCGAGGCGGCCGCGCAAACGACUCCUUCCUCGACGUCGACGAGUCCGACACUGAUUCACGUCGAUAUUCCGACGACAUUCCCAUCUUGCAGCGAAACGAUGACGUUGUUGUAGAGAAGCAGCAAAAGAUGGCGGGCGUGCCUUUCGACGAUCUUGUAGAUCGCCUCCUGGCGUUGCCCCUUUCCAGGGCAGAUCUCAACUUCUUCGAUGUCUUUCUUUGCCUAUAUCGCAAGUUUGCUGCGCCCGGAGAGCUCUUCUCUGCCAUCCUGAUGCGGCUGGAUCGCGUGAGAGAUGACAAGACAGUUCACCAUCUAACCAAGACGGCAACUCAGCUCAGAAUCAUCGAGACAGUAGCCAAGUGGGCGUCGCUGUAUCCCGGCGACUUUGCCCGUCUAACUACGCGACGAAACUUGGACGAGUUCAUCAGAUAUCUUUCCACGGAGCCGAUUUUCUGCAUCGCCGCGAGGCAGAUGCACCGAAACCUUACUCUCCACGUCAUCGAGGAUGACGAUACUGGCUGGGCCAACGCCGACGAUGCCGACGACCAGCUGGCUAGCGACAUUCUCUCCAAAGAACUGAGUGAGCUUCCGGCUGGACUGACCGCCCUGCAGUUUGAAGAAGACAACUUUGAGAGGCCGUCUGUGAGCUCGGAGAACCUCAACAGGGUGGUCGGAAGCGGCGGCCAGAUACAGCUUUACUCAUAUGAGGACUACGACAGAGAGGCUGCUACCUUGGACCCCACAGAUCACCUACCAAUGAACAAGUUUCGUUACCGCAUCUUUAUCGAAAUCAAGGACGACGAUAUUGCUGAUGAGCUGACUCGCAUCGACUGGAUCAUGUUUUCUUCGAUACGCAUCCGCGAUUUUGUCCGUCACGUCAGUCUACCGGCCAGUCAGAAAGAGAGCUGCAAGAGCUUGAACAACGUAAACCGCAUGAUUAACCAUUUCAACCACGUCGCCAAGUGGGUUGCAAACAUGAUUCUCCUCCGGGAUAAGGCGAAGCAUCGAGCUCUCGUGCUGGAAAAAUUUAUGAAUAUUGCUCUCAAACUGCGCCAGCUUAACAACUACAACGGCUUAGCGGCCGUCCUGGCAGGAAUCAAUGGAACCGCAAUCCACCGUCUCGCUCAAACAAAAGCUCUAGUUUCGCCAGAGACUCACAAGAAAUUCGCGAGAUUGGUUAUCUUGAUGGGCACACAGAAGAGUCACUUUGCCUACCGACUGGCCUGGGAAAACUCCCCCUUGCCCCGUAUUCCCUUUAUGCCCCUGCACCGUCGUGACCUGGUGUCUGCCGAGGAAGGCAGCAAAACCUUUGUUGGGCCCAAUGGCGACCGCAUCAACUGGAAAAAAUUUGAGGUCCUCGGCGAAGUUCUUUUGCCCCUCAUGAAGAGCCAGGGAUCGCCGUAUCCAAACCUUUCCAAGAACGACAAUGUUCGAGAGCUAAUUUUGGGUUGUCACAUGACGACGGAUGAAGAGGAGAUUUACCAGCGAAGUCUUGAAGUCGAGGGUUCCUCGUCUGGUGGUGGAGCCUUGGAGCCUACCAAGAAAAUCUUUCCAUGGCUUAAAUAA